AUGAGGGCCAUCUCGGGCACCAGCCUCGUGCUGUGUGGCCUCCUGCUGUGGCUCCAGGCCCCGUGCACGCUGGGCCUCGCCCCCCAGUCCAGAGGGCACCUCUGCCGGACCCGGCCCGCCGACCUGGUGUUUGUGGUGGACAGCUCGCGCAGCGUGAGGCCCGUGGAGUUCGAGAAGGUGAAGGUGUUCUUGUCCCAGGUCAUCGAGUCGCUGGAUGUGGGGCCCAACGCUACCCGGGUGGGCGUGGUCAACUACGCCAGCGCCGUGAAGCAGGAGUUCCCCCUGCGGGCCCACGGCUCCAAGGCCGCGCUGCUGCGGGCCGUUCGCGGCAUCCGGCCGCUGUCCACGGGGACCAUGACCGGUCUGGCCAUCCAGUUCGCCAUCACCAAAGCCUUCAGCGACGCCGAGGGGGGCCGUGCCAGGUCCCCCGACAUCAGCAAGGUGGUCAUCGUGGUGACGGACGGGAGGCCCCAGGACAGCGUGCGGGACGUGUCUGCACGGGCCCGGGCCAGCGGUAUUGAGCUGUUCGCCAUCGGCGUGGGCCGCGUGGACAAGGCCACGCUGCGGCAGAUCGCCAGCGAGCCACAGGACGAGCACGUCGACUACGUGGAGAGCUACAGCGUCAUCGAAAAGCUGUCCAAGAAGUUCCAGGAGGCCUUCUGCGUGGUGUCAGACCUGUGUGUCACAGGAGACCACGACUGUGAGCAGGUGUGCCUCAGCUCCCCGGGCUCCUACACCUGCGCCUGUCGGGAGGGCUUCACCUUGAACAGUGAUGGCAAGACCUGCAACGUAUGCAACGGCCGUGGUGGCAGUUCGGCCACUGACUUGGUCUUUCUCAUCGAUGGAUCCAAAAGCGUGCGGCCGGAGAACUUUGAGCUGGUGAAGAAGUUCAUCAAUCAGAUCGUGGACACGCUGGACGUGUCGGACAAACUGGCCCAAGUGGGGCUGGUGCAGUACUCCAGCUCCGUCCGCCAGGAGUUCCCGCUGGGCCGCUUCCACACGAAGAAGGACAUUAAGGCGGCUGUGCGGAACAUGUCUUACAUGGAGAAGGGCACCAUGACCGGGGCUGCCCUCAAGUACCUCGUUGACAAUUCCUUCACCGUGUCCAGCGGGGCGAGGCCCGGUGCCCAGAAGGUGGGCAUCGUCUUCACUGAUGGCCGGAGCCAGGACUACAUUAAUGAUGCUGCCAAGAAGGCCAAGGACCUUGGCUUUAAGAUGUUUGCUGUGGGUGUGGGCAAUGCCGUGGAGGACGAGCUGAGGGAAAUCGCCUCAGAGCCCGUGGCCGAACACUACUUCUACACGGCUGACUUCAAGACCAUCGACCAGAUCGGCAAGAAGUUGCAGAAGAAGAUCUGUGUGGAGGAAGACCCGUGUGCCUGCGAGUCCCUUGUGAAAUUCCAGACCACGGUGGAGGGGUUGCUGCAGGCCCUGACCAGGAAACUGGAAGCUGUGAGUAAGCGGCUGGCCGUCCUGGAGAACAGAGUCGUCUAA